AUGGAUUCAUUUACCAACAAGGUUAGGACUUUUGAUGCGUUCCCGAAAGUAGAUCCAAAUCAACAAGUAAGGUCACAAAGAGGUGGGUUUUCUACUUUGGUGACUUACAUGUUUGGAUUACUUAUACUUUGGAUUGAGAUCGGUGGAUACAUUGGAGGAUAUGUCGAUCGUCAAUUUACAGUCGAUAAUCAAAUACGUUCAGAUUUAACAAUUAAUCUUGACAUGAUUGUGGGAAUGCCAUGUGAAUUUCUUCAUACUAAUGUUGAAGAUAUAACUAGAGAUAGAUAUUUGGCUGGAGAAACAUUGAAUUUUGAAGGUAUUCAUUUUAUUGUUCCUCCUAGUUUUAGAAUCAAUAAUCCAAAUGAUUUCCAUGAAACUCCAGAUUUGGAUGAAAUUAUGCAAGAAAGUUUACGUGCCGAAUUUAGAAGUCAAGGUGCUAGAGUUAAUGAAGGUGCUCCUGCUUGUCAUAUAUUUGGUUCUAUUCCAGUUACUCAAGUUCGUGGUGAUUUCAGAAUCACUGCUAAAGGAUUCGGCUAUAGAGAUAGACUGCAUGUUCCAAUAGAAGCAUUCAAUUUUUCCCAUGUCAUUCAAGAGUUUUCAUUUGGUGAAUUUUAUCCUUUUAUAAACAAUCCAUUAGAUGCCACUGGCAAAAUCACUGAAGAAAAAUUGCAAACAUAUUUAUACUAUGCUAAAGUUGUGCCAACAAUGUAUGAACAAUUGGGAUUAGAAAUUGACACCAAUCAAUAUUCAUUAACUGAAAGUCAACACGUUAUUCAAGUCGAUGAACAAACAAAGAGACCUAAUGGAAUUCCAGGUAUUUAUUUUAGGUAUGAUUUUGAACCAAUAAAGUUAGUUAUACGAGAAAAAAGAAUUCCUUUUUUUCAAUUCAUUGCCAAAUUAGGUACAAUUGGUGGAGGAAUAAUGAUAGCUGCAGGUUAUUUGUUUAAAUUGUAUGAAAAAUUAUUAUUGAUAUUAUAUGGUAAAAAGUAUGUUGAUAAAGGUAAAGAAAAGAAACAAGGUGGUUUGUUAGAUAAUGAAAUGGAACAUCUUCCUAAACGUGACGAAUAG